GGCAAGCAGCUUAGGGCUGUCUUAAUGUAGAAACAGAAGACCGGACCUCCCAGGCCUGGGAGCACAUCUUUCUUUCCACAGCUUGGUACUUUACCUCAAAAUACAGGAAAAAAAUUAAUUGAUUUUUAAACAUCCUUGGAGUACACGGGCCUCGACACCCUCUAACAAUCCAGACCUGUGGUUUUCUUCAAGCAUGGAGAAGUUGAACUUGUUGGGGUUCCUCAUCAUCACCUUAAACUGUAACGUGACCAUCGUGGGCAUGAUCUGGCUGAUGGUGGCUGUCUUGCUGAGGAUGCUAGUGGUGGUCUUGGCAGGGUCACCCAUCUAUGAGGACGAGCAAGAGAGGUUUAUUUGCAACACACCGCAACCAGGAUGUGCCAACGUUUGCUACGACCUCUUUUCCCCAGUGUCACCGCUGCGGUUCUGGCUAGUGCAGAGCCUGGCCCUGCUUCUGCCUUCGGUGGUCUUUGGCACCUACACCCUACACCGCGGUGCGAAACUGGCUGCAGGGGGAGCCUGCAGGCCCCAGGUGCCCGACCUGUCUGCUGCCUACCUGGUACACCUACUGCUGCGCAUGUUGCUGGAGGCUGGGCUGGCUUCCCUACACUACGUUCUCUUUGGCUUUUCUGUGCCUGCCCGCGUGUCUUGCUCUCGUGUACCUUGCUCAGGGGCUGUGGAUUGCUACGUGUCGCGGCCCACGGAGAAGUCCCUCCUGAUGCUAUUCUUUUGGGCAGUGAGUGCACUAUCCUUCCUGCUCAGCUUGGCUGACCUGCUUUGGAGCCUGCGGAGGAGGACACUGAGGACCACGCAGUGGGUGAAUGGAGACGCUAGACCUGUCUGCCAAGUGCCUGCACCUCCCCCUUGCCUCUUACAAAAUCCCCAGGGCUAUCUUAGCCAGAGUCAGGUGGACCAGGAGGACAGACAGGAGGAGCAAGUUGUGCCUGAGUUCCCCUGCAUGUGGACAGCAGGGCAGGGCGACAACAGCAAUGUUGGUCAGGCCAGUGAGUCAAGGCUGCUGGAGCAUUCAGACCAAGAUGUUAGUGAAGCCGCUUCCUCACCUGGUGACAGGCUGACAGUGGCUCACAUAGCACAUGAGUUCAGAUCCCACAGAGAGACUUCAUUGGACAAAAACAUCCAGUCAGAUGAGCUCUCCUUGGCUACCCAGACCCACCUGGCCAGACACUGUUCAGCUAGCCAGCCUCAAGCUCCAGGUCGGCUGGCCACCUCAGGCAGUGCCCCCCAUCUGAGAGCCAAAAAGUCUGAGUGGGUGUGAAGGCAGCCAUGCAGAGUCCACAAGCCCCUUUUUCAGCACUGUACUGCCCUUUGCACUCUGACAGGGUAAGAAAUUUCUUUAUCAUGUAUUCUUGCUGAGAUCAUUUACAUUUAACUAGACAUUUGAUUUCCAUGGUGUAGAGUCCCAUGGAAAUUAUCCUACACUGUUCUAAGAACCUGAGGUCAAGAUGGUCUAGCUAACUUACUUUCUGUUAAACUGCUUGCUUGGGCAAACCUCCUACUCCAUCUAAUCACUUAUUUUAGCUUUUAUUGAACUGCUUGAUUAAGCAAAAGCUCCCUCUGCAGCUUCAGAGCAAGAUACCAAGAUGCCUUUAAAGAAAGACCCUGCAGGGUCUGGUAUGGCCUUGCUUGGUAGGUGUGGAAUGACAUGGUUCCUACCCCUGGAACAGGGGCAUUGGAGCAUCGGGCUCCACGACUAUCAAUGGCUGCUGUAAGGCUUGUUUGUAUAAUACUGUACAUAUUUUUACAUUCCUUUUUCAAGGAAUGUCCUCCCCGUUAACAUUAAUGACUUCAUGAUAAUCAGAGAUAGCAUGAGUCAGGGAGGCAAAGGCG